CGCUAUUCUCAACCCUAGUGGCUGGACAACAGUUGUGUUAUAAAAAGGAUUCGCAAAGCAGUGUCAGAAACACAUUGAUGAAAAGGUACACGUGAGAAUCACGGACCGGAUUGUUUGCCGCAGACACUAGCGUUCGGUAGACGGAUUAACGGUUCGAGACAGUUUUCCUCGGGCUCGGAGCGUGGCAAGUGACGGUUACCCUGGGUAACACUGGUAACAGACACAACGCGAUGAAGGUGAAUAUCUGGCUUCUCUUCUGCAGUGGCCUAGUCUGUGGAGGCCCGAUCAAGCCAAAGUUCCCUGACCAGGAGAAAGAUCCAGUCUUCUGGAACAACUGGGCUCAGAAAACCCUAAAGAAUGCCCUCACCCUACAGACGCUCAACCAGCAAAUGGCAAAGAACCUCAUCCUCUUCCUCGGUGAUGGAAUGGGGGUUGCCACAGUAACAGCAGCGAGGAUCCUGAAGGGCCAGUUAAGUGGGAAGAGCGGAGAGGAGAGCCAGCUGGAGAUGGAUAAGUUCCCCUACGUGGCCCUGUCCAAGACAUACAACACCAAUGCCCAGGUGCCGGACAGCGCGGGCACCGCCACAGCAUACCUGUGUGGGGUGAAGGCCAACGAGGGCACGGUGGGGGUGAGCGCAGCAGCGGUGAGGGCUCAGUGUAACACCACCGAGGGCAACGAGGUCACCUCCAUCCUCCGCUGGGCCAAGGACGCAGGCAAGUCUGUGGGAAUCGUCACGACAACGCGGGUCAACCAUGCCACGCCCAGCGCAGCCUAUGCCCACUGCGUGGACAGGGAGUGGUUCUCCGACAACGAGAUGCCAGUCGAGGCUGUGGAGGCCGGGUGCAAGGACAUCGCCAGGCAGCUGUUCGAGAACAUCCCCAACAUUGAUGUGAUCAUGGGAGGAGGGAGGAAGUACAUGUUCCCCAAAAACAUGUCAGAUGUGGAGUACCCUGGAGACAAGAAGCACACUGGGACUCGUAAGGACGGCAGGAACCUGGUCCAGGAGUGGACCAACCGCAUGAAAGACAAGAACGGCCAAUAUGUAUGGAACAAACGUCAACUCCUUUCACUGAAUCCUAACAAUGUAGAUCAUAUUUUGGGUCUGUUUGAGCCGGGAGACCUGCCCUACGAGCUGGAGAGGAACCAGGACACAGACCCCUCCCUGACGGAGAUGGUGGAGGUGGCCAUUAAGAUCCUGAAGAGGAACCCUAGAGGCUUCUAUCUGCUGGUGGAGGGCGGGCGCAUCGACCACGGGCACCACGAGGGCAAAGCCAAGCAGGCGCUUUACGAAGCGGUGGAGAUGGACCGCGCCAUCGGUAUGGCCGGCCUCAUGACCAGCGUCCACGACACCAUGACCGUGGUCACGGCGGACCACUCGCACGUCUUCACCUUCGGAGGGUACACGCAGAGAGGCAGCUCCAUAUUUGGCCUUGCCCCCAUGGUGAGUGAUUUGGACCAGAUGCCCUUCACCUCCAUCCUGUACGGAAAUGGACCAGGCUUCAAGAUCACCAGUGGAGCCCGGGAGAACGUGUCCACGGUGGACUACGAGCACAACGACUACCAGGCCCAGUCAGCAGUUCCCCUGAGGUACGAGACCCACGGUGGGGAGGACGUGGCCGUGUUCACCAAGGGCCCCAUGGCCCACCUGCUCCACGGGGUCCACGAGCAGAACUACAUCCCCCACGUCAUGGCCUACGCCGCCUGCAUCGGCCAGAACCGAGACCACUGUGUGUCAGAGAACAGAGCCAGCAGCCCCUACCUGAGCCUGGCCCUGCCCAGCCUGGCUGCCCUCCUCACAGUCACACACCUGCUGUGCUGACCAUAAGCCCUCCCCCCCCCGCCCCACCCCCCUUACACCCCAAGCCCCCUCUCCUCCUCCACCCCUACCCCCCCCCCCCCACACACACUGUCCUCCUCCACCUCUACCAUCCUACAUCAACUCAAAUAUAUGUAGUAGACUUUUAUCCUCCCUUCUAUGUUUAAAUAUUCAAUGUGUCUUUUUUUUUUACAAAUUCUGUACAGUUUUGGAGCUUGGGACCACUUGGGAAUUUCAAUGUUAGUGUUUGUGAGUCAGGCUUAGGGGUGAUCUAUUGGAAAUAUUCCCAUGUUGUGACAGGAGGUUCAGUACAACUGGCGAUAAAUCAGGCCGUUGGUAUUGUUCAUAUUUCUGUCAAAAACACGUUUUUUUGUGACUUAUCACAUAGUUGUUUUUUUUUUAUCAUGAGAUUUUUCAUGAUAAAAUUCAUCCUCUCCUGAAUCCUAAAUGAAGGUUGCUUUUGGCACUCUCGACGUAAGGUUUUAACAAAUGUUUGUCGACACAGAUAAACAUUAGGGAUUUAAAGAUCACUAAGUAAACUGUAAUUCACUUGUGAUUACCUAGUUACACUUAUGAUUUGAUGUGGAUUCUUUAUAAGCCCCUACUUAGAGAUCUAUAAUGGCAACGUAACAGACUCUACCUCAUUGUCCUCCAUGGAAUCCCUAAACAAGUUUCUGGUGUCAUCACAAAAUAACAAAAUAUGUUACAAAACAAAGCUAUUAGAAUGUAGAAAAAAAAAGAUACUUUUAAUGUUUUUUUGGGUAUGUACAGUGUUUUGUGUUCUAUGUACAUACUUCCCAGAUGCAGCAAGCAAGCAAAACCAGAAAACAAACAUAAACAUCACUAUGACUGUAAACAGACGUUGUUAUCAUUCCUUUGCUAAUAAAAUAAUGAAGAUUUCUUUACAAAUUGAA